AUGGCAGAAGCAACAAAAGGGUAUGCUGUUGUGACGGGAGCAAAUAAGGGAAUUGGAUUUGCAGUGUGCAAGCAAUUGGCGUCAAAUGGGAUUACUGUUGUGCUCACAGCCAGAGAUGAGAAGAGGGGUGUUGAAGCUGUUGAGAAGCUCAAAGAGCUUGGUCACCCUGGCCAUGUGGUUUUUCAUCAACUUGAUGUCACAGAUAGUAAAAGUAUCACAUCACUUGCAGAUUUCAUUGGGAAUCAAUAUGGAAAACUGGAUAUCUUGAUAAACAAUGCUGGAAUUCCUGGGGCACAUAUGGACGCUAAGGCUUUGGCAUCUGCUGGCAUUGUGGGGAAUGCUGGUCGUGUUGAUUGGAGUAAAAUAGUAACUGAAACAUAUGAAUUAACAGAAGCAGGUCUUAAAACAAACUACCUUGGAGCCAAGGAAUUAACAAAAGCACUGAUUCCCCUUCUCCAGUUUUCAAGCUCCCCAAAAAUUGUCAAUGUUUCCUCAUCCAUGGGAAGGCUUGAGCAUAUACCAAAUGGAUGGCCUAAAGAAGUACUUAGUGAUGUUGAAAACCUUACAGAAGAGAAGAUUGAUGACAUUUUGAAUGAAUUUCUGAAGGACUUCAAAGAGGGUACACUAGAAACCAAAGGCUGGCCUCUUGCCUUAUGUGCAUAUACUGUCUCAAAAGCUGCUCUGAAUGCCUACACAAGGAUUCUGGCCAAGAAGUACCCCUCAUUCUGCAUCAAUGCUGUUUGUCCAGGCUAUGUGAAAACAGAUAUAAGCCACAACACAGGUUUUCUCACACCUGAUGAAGGUGCUGAAGCUGCAGUGAGAUUGGCGUUGCUACCUAAUGGUAGCCCUUCUGGCCUCUUUUUCUUUAGAAGUGAAGAGAAACCAUUUUGA